UCCAAACUUGCUAAAGGACCCUAAUAUAGAGGGAGGCCAGGAGCGGGCAGUUAGCUAUCUGACAGCUCAGCCAUGUCUGCACCUGUCAUGGGAAGCACCAAGAAAACCUUUACUGAUGGCGAGCACCACAACCACAAGAAGAAGAAGGGAGCAGGCGCUCUGGCCACCGCCUACCUGGUCAUCUACAACGUGAUCAUGACCGCUGGAUGGUUGGUCAUUGCUGUGGGUCUUGUCCGGGCUUAUCUUACCAGAGGCAGCUAUCAUGGUCUCUACUACUCCAUAGAGAAGCCCCUGAAAUUCUUCCAGACUGGAGCUCUCCUUGAGAUAUUGCAUUGUGCUGUUGGCAUUGUACCUUCCUCUGUGGUCCUGACUGGGUUUCAGGUGCUGUCACGCGUGUUCCUCACGUGGGCUGUUACACACAGUGUUAGAGAAGUCCAGAGUGAGGACAGCGUGCUUCUCUUUGUGGUCGCAUGGACCAUUACGGAGAUCAUCCGCUAUUCAUUCUACACGUUCAGCCUGCUCAACCACCUGCCUUAUCUCAUUAAAUGGGCAAGAUACACAUUUUUUAUUGUACUCUACCCCAUGGGAGUGGCUGGAGAACUUCUGACCAUCUAUGCUGCUCUGCCUUAUGUUCAGAAGACAGGCCUCUAUUCAGUCACUUUGCCCAACAAGUAUAACUUCUCCUUUGAUUAUUAUACCUUCCUCAUUCUCACUAUGGUCUCCUACAUCCCCCUGUUCCCUCAGCUCUACUUCCACAUGUUGCGGCAGAGAAAGAAGGUUCUGGGUCACGUGGAAGACUACAGCAAAGUGGAAUAAACAUGCGGGCCAGCAUUCCACACAAUGUGGACUGACCAUAUUGAGGAAGGGGGGACACACACGCCACCUUUCCAAUUCAAACUUGGCUGAUUUUAAAAAGAGGAAAAGUUGCUUGUCAUAAUACAGAGUCCAGCUUUUUUUCCCCCCAAAUAAUGAAAUGACCUAGAGAUAAUUUCUAACAGAGCUAGUUAGGGAAUGAGAUUUUGCCGUUUGUGAUUUUUAAGAAUGUCGAUAAUGAUACGAUUGCAAUGGUUUAACAGAAGUGAGUCAUUUCUUCUAAUACACGGCUUUUUUUGUGUGUGUGUGAUCAGGUUUUAAGUUCUAAUACAGUUGCUCUGGCUUUAGUGAAGGAGGAAUGGAAGCAAUCCUUUCGGCUUUCACCUUUCAAAGUAAUGGGAACAUUUGAUGAAAUUGAUAUUGAUAAAUGUGAUGCCUCAAGCCGGUACUGUGAACUCGGAAGUAUUGGUAGCAGUUUUCUUUAUGCACAGUCAAGACCCUGAACACAUGACUACAUUCUGGAUGUCUCUAUUCGCCAUCUACAUGUUCCUUAGUCCAUAUAAUCACAGUCCAUUGUUGCUGUUUUGUGAUUCCUAAUUUAGUUGUUGAUGUUUUUCAUAGAUUUGAGCAGGAGUUCUGUAGGGUACUGACCCGUAGUUCAUAACAACGUUCCGAUUUUCUUUCAGUGUUAAUUGUUUGAAAGGGUCAUGUAAUGGACUUGAGCCAGAAUCUUGUUGUUUUGGUUAAUAUUGUUAUGUAGGUAAUGUAUAGCUGAAGUAAUUGUACAGGGUUGUGUUGUGUGUGUGUGUGUGAUCUGUGUUUAUCCUUUCAUCCUUCUGCAAAGGUGACCUCAAGCAAGCAGUCAUACCAACUUGUCAUAGAUUUCGAGUCUUGUCAGCAGGUGACUUUCUAAAGCGUUCGAUUGAAAUAAGGCAGGGUUGAUGCUGGAAGAGCACGUGGCAGUGGGAAACUAGCACAAUUGGAUUAGCCUGCGUCUAGUCAUGCAUUUACAAUGAGUAAAAUCUAAUGAAGCACAGAGCAGGCCAGGAGUCCGGAGUUGCUAAGCACUUUGUUGUCUGUCUGCUCUCAUUACCAACAGCACUGAAGUGCAAGCUCAAGCCUCGAAGAAGGGCUCGCUCAUUAGUCUUAAUGAACAACUAAUGAGCAGACUGGCCUUUCCCCACCAUUUGGGUCUGAACUUUACAUUCAAAGGUUAUAGCCUAGAAGUGCCAUCUCCCGUAGUCAGGGGAACACGCGUGUUUUUAUUUUCCAUUAAAAGAGGACAGUCAUACCAACUUAUUUUCGUAGAUAACAAGCUCCAGUCCAUUUAUCAAUUUGACAGUAGUCAAUUACCUCCGUGUUUCAUUAAUCAGCUAAUCUGCUCAUUUAACAUUAAUCAGUUUGAAUUGUUCUGAACCAGGAUACGCAAUGGUGAUAUGGCAUUCCCUUGCUUGCUGGUAUGACUUAUUCGCUGUAAAGCUCCUGGAACAAAUGAUGUUCAACCUCUCAGCACCCAGAUGUUUCGGCAUGAGAACCCAAGAGUGCAACUCGACUUAAAACUGCAUGUAAGGUGACCGUUGCUCCAUGUCUUAAAUGGUGCAGUGUUGUCAUACUACACCAUUGGACGCAUGACCUUUACAGCUGUCAGGAAAUGUUGGGCUUUUGAUACAAAGGAUUUGCAUGGGACCAGCAGACUUUGUAUGACUAGUAAAAGUUAUAUAUUUACAAUAAACAUAUAAUCUGGGAAACCAAAA